CAGAGUAUCAGUAUACUGCAUGCCUCAACAGACAAACAUCUUCCUUGGACAGAGAAACCCCAGGAAUACACAGCUGCAGCGAUGCGAUUCGUCCCCCAGACCCGCGUAUUCUGUAUCAGCAAGCAGUAUCGAUCUGUUUUCUUGGUCGAUGUCAGCUCAUCUGUGCUCACCGUGGACUCUGGCGGAUCAAAGAUCGUUAUGGGCCAAGUCAUGGAAACUCUUACAAAGUGCCUCGCAGGGCUAUCAGAAAGAUUCUCAUGUCCAGGAACGAAGCAGGAGUUUGUUCAGUCCGAGAUCCAUAUCACUGUGAUCGCAGAAUGUUCACAGUUCGCAAGUAACCUGCAUACAGGGGAGAUGCUGGCCAACUUCCCGACUAUGAAGGUGCUGCUACAAGAUGUUAUCUUGACAGAGUCCAAUCUGCAUGGCGUAUUGAGAGUCCUUCGAAUACAGCUAGCAAAGUUUCAAGCCAAGCUCUCAAAGUUCCGAGGAGAGCUGCGAAGGGGUCGAGAGACACUCGGAUAUUCACUUGCAGUAGAGGAUGCCGUAGAAGACGUAAAUACUGAACUGGACGUGGAAGACGACAUCAGCCGAAGAAAGUCGUGGGGUGUGGGUCUAUCGGGCGCCAAUUUAUCCUAUACGCUGACAGCUGGUCUGUUUGCUUUGGGCAUGAUGCCACCCGCUGCCUCUCCCUCAUUGGUGAUCAUCACGGACGGCGUUGUCAAGUCGAAUUUGUUGCACGGAAGUACGAUUCUUCGUCGACUUAUGGAACUGGACAUUUUGUGCUCCAUCAUCCAACUCGGGAGUCAUGAAGAGGCUAUCCCAAGCUGCAAUUGGGGUUUUAUUCAGGAUACGGAGGCUCUCCGCUUUGUCACCGAGGCUACGCUUGGAAAGUUCAUGUAUUCUCAGGAUUGUAUUUCAGUCCAUUCCUUCAUCAAUACCCACUGCCAAACACCGAUUCGAGUCGCUCCAAACAUGUACCAUCGUGCGUUUCUCAUCCGUGAGCUAUGCCUACUCAAACCACGCCCAGGACUCGAUGACAUGGAGGACAGGGAGGAUUCGGCAGGGUACACCCUCGCCAACUUUCCCUGGGAUCCUAAAAGUCAGCCGGAACCGAUAAAGAUGAUGCAGACGGCUUGCAAGGACUACCACCUCAAUAUACCCGUGGAGAUGCUCGUUACCACUCGAAUCAGACAGGGGUUCAGGAUCAAGGGAGUCUCUAUAGCACCAGACCGCGAACGACCGUCCUCCGAGCGCUACAUGAUCACCAUGACACUGGCAUGGCUUCCAAAUGUCACAGUGCAGUACAGGCUGAAGGGCCAAGUCUCGAGCGGGGACUCUAAGUCCAAUUACUUUAGCCGUUUUGAGUCACCCAAGGUCGAGAUCGAUAUUAUCGCCUACCAAGCGUUCGCUAUCCAUUUUUUGAACUCUCAGCAUGCGCCAGUCAAUGCCAACCAUUCAGUGUACGCCAAAGUAUUCAGGAUACACCGAUAUAUCGUGGGACUGAGUGACUCGGACGUCACGUUGCGCGGACUAAAUAACUCACAUGCCUCCGCUAACCAAGCCCUGUGGACGCAAAGAGCAAAACUGAAGGAACGAUCCCGAAACCCCACUGGGAUGACAGCCCAAGAACGCAACAGAAAUGAUUUGGUGGCAUAUAUCUCUCGACUUUCAGAGCAAUGGUCAGGUCUCGCAAAGGAUGUUGACUCUCAGUACAGUCGGGGCUGGUAUAACGAGUACGAGUUCGAUGCGCUACUGGUCAUUCCACCGCCAGCGUUCCUGCCAACGCUCAUGGACACCAAAAACUCUUUCGUCAAGUAUAGCGAGGGACUGGAGGGUACUAUUAAGGGGAUCCGCGAUAACCUUAAAAACACCUGGGCGUCCUUCAUCGUAGGGGAUGUGUUCAUUCAAACCUGUCAACUGCCGGAAUCGAGUCCAGCAACAGCAACCAGCUCUCGAUUUUGUGAACUGCGGCUAUCCAGCGAGCCUAAUGUGGCGAUUCUACGGAUCCAGCUGCGAUUUUUCGGUGUAUCACUGCCACAACGCAGGUCGAUCGUAAAGGCCCUUCAGGAUCGGAUAUACAACUUCCAGGCAGGGCAAGCUCCUCAGGUCGGUAAUUCCAAGAUAGAAUCAAAGAUCGUGGAGGCCAGAGUGCUCCGAUGUCAUCGACCGAUUUACCGCCUUCUCAUGCGCCAUCUGAUCUACGAGGCUCCCCUCAGUCACACGCCCGAAGCAAACCUGACCGACUUUCACACGCAUGUGUCGGAACCCAUUGGGAAAGAAUCGGUGCUGCGAUCUUACAUGGUCCACAGGCGCUGGGGGUGGAAGGAUCAAGUGCGCGACUCCGCUUAUCUGGCAGAGAACAACUACAUGGCAAGUCAGGAUUUGGCAUUUCAGUACCUAUGUGCACAGCGAAUAGGCGAGGGUUUUCUGCUGGCCUCUGCGCUUCCCAACCGUGUCGUCUUUUACAAAGAAAUUGACUUGCCGGAACAGGAAGGCACCCUUCUCCGAGGUUGGACGACAGUGCAGUACCUCAUCUUCCGAAGCCCGGUUUCAGGCGAACUUGUGACGGAACUCUGGAUGGAACCCCCUCUCGACGCAUGUCGCCGGAAUGUAUUUGAAAUAAUCAAGGCUCAGAUCAUCGCAGUUGACCGGUUUGUGCUAUCUCGUCUUGCGACCUAUGAGGCGAUUCAUACGAUCGGUCGGCUCCGCCUUCGACCAGAGGUGAACGCCGUACCGGAACGUGGAUUCAUGUACCCAUGGCUCUUCGAUCCAGCAACGUUGUUACGACAGCAGAGACUCAUUACACUGGCAUUCGAAGCCCCGCGGCGGUGUUUGGGGAUUGAUGAGAACAAUAUCGUUGAGCUCGAGAUGUCGGGGAAGUGCAUCCAUACACUUGGCCUUGGAACUGUGAGUGCGGCAGUGACAGACAUUGCUUCUAGCACGCUCAUGGUCGCUUCUGGUGGCAACAAGGAGCUGCAGCUGACCAGACAUUCUAACGCCAGUGUGACCAGUCUCAACCAGUCGAUUUUGGAGGCGGAGGCAACGGGUCAGAGUGAGGGCGAACUUGUUGCAGAGUACAAGGAUCAACUGCGGGAACUUUGCUGCGCUGAUCGCGAUCUCGCUAUCCUUCACUUAUUCAUGGAAAAAUCCCUGUCACAAUUGGCAGACGGAGAAAUUAUGCCAGGAAAUGAGGACGACUCCUGUAGCCAAUUUUUCCUGGACAUCAAAACGUCUAUCAAGCAUAGCCCUGAGGUGGGGCAGACAUUAAUGACUUUUCAUUGCACCAGCUCCUUUCAGGACAUUCGCUGCUUUGUCAAGAGCUUCAAUGCCAAAUUCUUCCGACUUAUCAUCAUUCCAAGGCUCGGAUCAGUCAUAUCGCACCUUACGAAGCUGCGUUCUCUACCGCCAAGGGAGCAGGAGGACCGUAGAGCGCAGGCACGUCGGGACUUUUUGAGCUGCCUUAUGUUUGAGUGCCUCCGUAGCAAGCCCUUGUCAGAUGUCUCUGAAUACAAUGCCAAUGCGAUGGAUCAGAGUCUCGCUCACUUUGAACUCCAUCCCGUCUCACUUGGUCCUAUUGUAAUGCAGCAGCCAUUGCUCAUCCAGCCCAUUGUAAACGAGGACCAAGGAAAGGCUAGGGUGCAGGAAUCGACUCUACAGCUGAUCAUGUCUAUUAGCCAAGCGUACUCACAUAGCUUUGCUAAGGCAAUCUAUGCCGCGCUCAUCGAAGGCCACGCUGUCAAGGAUUCUGACCUUAAGAGUGCCUGCCAAAUCUGCACAAGAACGACAGUCGACAUCAAUAUCACCGGCUUCCUCAAUACCCUGGAACAAGGGCGACGAGCAGGAACGCUCAGGGAUGAAUCAGCAGAGCUGAAAACUAGGUUUAUGAAUGUUCUCAAGCACUCGUUCGACCUUGCGCCCGUUUCAGGCUCCGAUCAGACUUACUUUUACCGACCCUUGUUGAGGAAACUCUCAUCGAAGACCAGCAAGCUAAGAACCAGGAAGAGGUCACCAAGCGUUUCCCGCUCAGGAUCCAUCGACACAGACAUAGAAGAUGCACUUGCGGAGGUAAUUGAGAGUGCGGAGCGACCACUCUUCUUGCAUUUAGAGUGCUCUUUUCAAAAGCCUCAGACCCCAGUGUCCGAGCUGGAGCGAACCGGACUUAGACCAUCUGUCACCUUCCCAGUAACGGGACUUCCAGUGUCGUACAUUUACACGGACGAGGACUCACUCAAGCAUGACUACGCCCCUACUAGUAUUGGCUUCGAUUCCCGACCGGUGGACUCUGCGGACGGCACGAUCGCUAUCCUGCAUCUAGUGAUUUCAACUCUUCCAGUGCCUGAAGAUUAUGCAGGGCCGACAUUGAAGUCGAUCGAUUCUGAGACCAAGAUGAACAUCGACAACAGCCAGCUAUCAGGAUCAAGGGGUCUACAGCAUCUCUUCCCAACCCUGGACUCAAUACAGGUGGAUGCGAUCGUCGAUACAGAAGCUAGGUUGGAGUGGCUCGUCAAGGAAGAGGUCAUGCACGGUUUGUUGAAUAUGGCGCCAGUAACAACCGAUAUUUUGGGACUGGUAGAGACGCAGCUCAAGACCAAGAGCAGCUAUGUGAACUUCCCCACAUCAAUGACUUUGCCUUUGACUUUCGUGAGGAAAAGGCGCGGCCAUGGCAUUUUCAUGCAAGAGCUUGGACGUACGAACAUGCACCCUUACGAGCUUCAUCGCAUGGAAGACUAUUUUUACUUGACAGAGGAAGAGGGCGCUUCGGAGGACGGGGAGUCGGUCGGGUCUGCAGCCGGUGAUCAUGUUAAGGACUCAGGGGCCUCAGCCGAGGCGGAGCUUACGAACGACGAUUUGCCCUCACUUACAAGCAGUUUGGAAAAGAACCCAUCCCUGCCGCCUUCGAACGAUCUUUGCCAUGGUCUGGGCAUCGUCAUCCUACCGGACCCAAUGCCAGCGAAACGACCCAUUUCAGGUGUAGGAGGCAACAAUGAUCAAGGACACUCAAGAAGGAAGCGCUCAUUCUGGCUUAUUUUGGUCCCGAAGGAUUCCUUCGUGCAAGUUCAUUUUUUCUCAAAGUCGCUGUCCGGAGAGGCUUGUAAAGCCAUUCUUGACCAUGUCCGUAGAGCAAUUGAUGAGCUUUGUGUCAAGGUCAACCAACUCUCGCUUUUGCAGUUGCUGAACGAGAGGAGAAACUGCAGCAAAUACCUCGUGCCCAGCGAUGACACGGAUCCUGAUGCGGACUCGGAGUCGGGAUCGGAUUCAGACCAGCUAUCGCAGGAAGACGAGGCCCUGGUCACUGGAGGAUCAAGACCACCGGAUAAUGCACAGGUCCAGCGGAAAUUCAAGCCGGGGGAGUUUGCGUGCCCGUUGGUCUAUCGUGUAUCAUGGCCGCUCCAUUGGCGCGUCAAACCUGGACAGGCAACCAUGAGCGUGGCGGCCCUCGUACUCCAUAAUUUCGCCGUCCAGAACCGCAAGAAUUUUUUCGUGGUUGAGAGCCAGGACGACCAUGACGAGACCAGGAAAAUUGUCGUGUUUCUGAGGCUAAGUGAGGUGGAGGUCCAACCUGAGCAGGGGUCCUCCACGCUUGCUGGAGAUGAUGCUCGAGGAUCACACCUGGCCGUCAGCAAGGGAGAAGACACUUCCGGUCACACGCCUACACCGAUUCAGAACCUGGAAGAUGCUGGAUCGCAUGCAAAUAGCCCUCGCCCAUCGCCUACAGCCUCUCCAGGGUCCAGAAAUGUGGCGCUCCCAGUAGUCAGGUCCGAGACAAGGGAGCUGGUGAUCGAAGUGUAUGGUGUUGAGCAUCCUGGCAAGAGCGUGACAGUAGAUCUCUUCAAUCAUAUGGAGAGCAAGUUUUACAACUUCGUGGUCCUUCCAGUGGUGUCCACAUUCCUGUCCCGCAACUCGGCCUUGAAGUUGACCCAGGCAGACGUCGACUUCAUUUUGCCUGUCGAUAGACUGGAACCCACUCGCCAGGUGCUUGAGAUUCCGCAUUUCAUCAACGCACCCUAUGCAUUCUUGAUGUAUCUGAAGCAAAACCUCUGUCUAUACCUCAGCUCAUUGACAGGCACAGACAUGGUUAUUGCAUUGAAGAGGCAUUAUCAUGCACAGUAUGGUCGUUCAUUCACGACUGAGAGGUCUCGCGAUCGGAUUAGCCAGUCAAAUCAGUUGCAGAUCGGCGACUUCUCAUUUUUUUACAAUGCAGUCCAAGGGCGAUCUCAAACUCUCGUUGAGGCCCAUGUGGGCUUGGGUUUGGCAGGAGUGUGCCUGACAGUGCUUGGUCAGGACUUGAAGCCCGUCUUCGAGGUUGGAUAUCAGGAAGGGGACCACGACAAGGAGGAUAUCGAGAAGUAUUUUGCGUCCUUCCCGAGCUCAAGUGGUCUGAAGCCGUCAAAGUACAGUUUAAUGAUCGAGGUUUGGGCGCAGGGCUCUGUCAAUGCAGCGGCCCUUUUAGAUUCCAUCUGCCAAAGCUUUCGCCAAAGCCUGUGCGACGACAUCAUUGAAACCUCGAUCGCCCAGGGCCUCUGUCCUAGUGCGCGAGACAGGAGGAACGACGUGGACGAGCUCGAUGGCGAACCACUCAUUGGCGAACGCAUCCAGAAGAAUUUUAUCGACCCUUCCUUCAUGGUUCUGCAGCAUGCUUAUCAGUGGAAGAAUCCUGCGGUUCAGUCCCUUGCUCUACAGUAUUCGAUGCCGCCCUGGAUCAUAGACUCGUUUCUGUUGGAGCUAGAUGAGAUCUUGACAGAUGUCAGCGUUCAUUUUUCACCACUAUUGAUUCGAUCGAUGGCGAAUCGUAACCGGUACAAGGAGUACAAGGCCUCUAGUGGAACUCGAAAAUCGUUUGGGGAUAUGACCAACAUCCGCUUUAUUCUCAUUGGAGGCAUUCAGGACCUGGGUGACGGUUCGAGCUCGGGUCACUAUGGUAGACGAACAAGCAUGGGAAGCGACCGCACGCACUCUCGUCGUAGCUCUCUUGCAGAGGGUCAAAGCUUGCACCAUUCGCACAAAACUUCGACCCAUUCGUCUCAGCAGCAUCCAAAGCGACAGCUCGAGGAUAUCAAAAUGUACCCGAACGCUAUCAUGAGUAGCAGCCAGGGCGAGACGAUGCUUACCCGCAACUGCUUUGUAGUCAUUACCGCUAAUGGAUUCGGACUGCAGGCCUACACGUACAACUGGGGCAAAUCGUACCAUGACUUUAUGUUUUCGGCGGUCGAGAAGGUUGUCAAGUGGCACAGAGAUCGUAUGCGACUAUUGGACAACAUCCUGCUGCAGAAAAUGGGCCUCUUCCACCAUGUCCCUUCGAUACUCUCCACACAAGCUCCCUCUACAGCUCCUACAACUCAGGCCACCCCUGCGAUCACUCCCGGCAUAAUACAUAACCUCCCUCGUGUUGCUGCCCAGAGUUCGCCGCAUCUUGGAUCUAACCUGCGCAUCGCUCAUCCAGAACCCAGUAUCAGUACACCUAAUAUCUCGAAAACGACGACAUCACCAAAGUCUCAGUCAACCGUAGUUGUUGUGCCCGACACCGCCAACUUGACCAGCCUUGUAGAGGAUCAGUUCCCGAGUCGGUCACGAUCUCUUCAUGUCGGAACCAGUCUCUACGGCAACGAUGACAAUCGCUUCGAGCCUUCAAAGGCAUCCUCAAGCUCCUUGUCUUUACCUACACGACCCAUCCCUCCGGCUAUUACUGUUGCUGCUGCUGCUGCUGCGCAGUCUUUCACGCAGCUGCAGAACCAAACCCAGUCUUCGGAUCAGAAUGCGCCCAACGUCGGUGCCAUAAUCAGCACAGGUCUCGAUGUGGAUCAGAUCUUGCGCGAAUAUUGCCUUGACCCGUUAGAAACCCCGCGCGAUGAGGAUCAGGUCCAAGACGAGGUCCAGCGCCAUGGGAAGCCAUUCAUGGAAACAUUCACUUACCACAGCAAGAAUGCAGAAGACCAGCAAAAUGCCUACAAUGUCUAUCAAAAGUGGUCGCGGCGCUACAGGGACUGUAAAGGCUCUCCCAAUGCCUUGCACGAAAACAUGAACACAUCUGAUCUCGCCAUCAUGCUGCGCUCCUCGAGGCUGCUUCACUUCUGCAGAACGCCAUUACUUUUCACUGAAUUCUCAUCCUCACUCUUCCAGCUCUCCAAAGAAUCCAGCAGCACGACCCAGACCUCCGCAAUGUGUCAAGCUAUAAAUGGAAGAGCAAACGGAUCCGGCUUAGGUGAAAAGCCGGCUCCUGUGGUGGAUCCUGUUGCGCAAUGGUACAGCGCGUUAGCUGAGGCAUUUAUGCGAGAAUACAGUCAGUACCUGGCAACUGUAGGCAUGCAGUUGCUAAUGUAUGGAAAUUCCAAGUUCGACAAGCCAGUGGAGCCUUCUCAAUCCGGAGAGUUGUCAUUCAUGUCGCAAUUUACGGUUUCACAGACCCUGUCUGUCGCCAGUCCGGCUGCCUUCCUGUUCAAGUCGCUACAAGGUGGAUCGAUCAUGUGUGAGGUCCGUUUACAGGGCAUGUUUGUUUGUGUAACGCUAUACACACUGAACCGACGUUAUGGCCGAGUCAAGGUUGCGGCACCAGGGUUUGCUACAGCUGAGGCUAACAAGCAAAGCUUGAGGGUCUUUACGGAGCAAUGCGCCCGUUUCAAGGACCGUAUUCACGUCAAUAGCUUUGUGUACGAUUUCCAUCUGCGAUACAUUCACCGGAUACUGAUGGAAUCAUCCAAGGUGACGGCACCUGGGUCCCCUACUGCCGGAACGGGCUUCUCGAACGCUACUUCGACUUCAUUGCCAUCCUCUUUCGACUUGUUGGAUGUGCUGCACCAGUUCAUGCAAUAUCACUCACGUCCUGCGGCUUACUCUCGAAACCGGAUCUACCGCGGAGUCUACCGAACAAAUGUUGCACCGGGAGAGACUGAGUUGCCAGGACAUUUGUUUGAGUACGUGAUCAAGAACCCACAGCGAUAUGGAUUUCAGGUCAUUCAUCACCAGAACCGCCCGAGAGCAUGUUUUGUCUCCGGACGCGAUCUCUUGACUGGAUUCGGAGGUAGUCACAGAAACACCGAUGAAAGUCUACGAUCUGAACACCAUCGAUUUGUGAGCGAAAGUGUAGGCCAGGGCUUGAAAGGCUUUGGGGUCAACGCAAGCAGGGGUGGAUUGGCGACGAAAUAUGAUAAACGACCUUUUGAACCACACGCACGGCACACAAGUCAUGACAACACCUUCAACGGCAAGCGGAUGUCUCGCAGGAUGACGACAAGUAGAUCGGGCUAUAAUGUGAAAGAAACCGCGGUUCUUGAGGAGGACGGAGUUGAAUAUGUGCUAGUCAUCUCGGAUGGCGAACAGGAUAACAUGGGACUUACUGUCCACUACUAUCUCUUGAUUCUCAGAGAGGAAGAGGUUGUCAAAAAACUGGAGGACCGUCAUGGGCCGCUCGUUGGCGCCAAGGACCGCCUGCUAGCCGCCAAUCACAAUCUCCUGCACUUGCGAGAAAGCGUAAGCUCUGGUUCGAUUAACCAUGGCCUUGGUGGACUAGCGAACCGGUCGAGCAUCAUUGCCAGCCAACUUCAGCCAGCGUAUCCCGUGGGGGAUGAGAACAGAGUACAAGCGGAACCAAAGCAAUCGGUAUCAGUUACAGAUCAGGGCACGGCUACUCUCUCUGAAACGCUACCUCAGGAACACUUCAGCGGAGGACAGCGGCUCAUGGACGUGACAGAGUUGCAGGAGCGGAUCACUGAACGGGCUGUCCUUGGCGACGUUGUUCGUGCAGCCGAGAUUCGCUUGGAUAUGCUGUUGAAGCAAGCUGCGCAGUUCUUUGACCGUGACUCGUUGUGGGAAAUGCUUUUGCAAGGAAAGAUUGGCAAUUCUGGUGUGAUUCUGACGGGAUCGAACUCUUCCUUGAUUGGUACCUCUCACGGCGUUAGUACCCCGGGAACGAUGUUGUCAGUCGAUACAGUCGAUUAUCUUACUCACAAUAGUCAGCAGCAACAUCAGCAACAGCAACAAGGCAAUCGACAGGACAGCGCGUCUGUAAGCAGCGCCGAACUAGGAUUUGCGGACUUUUUAGCACUCGGACAGCGAUUCCACAGCACACCGCUUGAGGAAAUGGAACCGGGUUUCCGAGCGAUUGUGACAGCUCCAGGAAUUGACUGGGGCGGUGUCCUGACGUUCUUGGCGCGUUACUACGCCCGAUGGGCGAGAGAGUUCAUGGAGCAUGACGAGACCCAGUCUCCAGGACCUGCUGUGUCCAGUCUCAGACCUGGACCUACUGCAGGACCCUCAUUGCCAUCGCUUGGUCGUCGUGGAUCGAUCGCACGAGGGGCUAAACCUCAAAGGGCUCGCCGACACCUUGUGAUCUUUAACCCUCAUAACCGGGACUUGUUGAUACAUUUUGUGAUCAACAUGAAACCCGCUACAUCUUCUGAUGUUACAGGCGAAACGGCUCAGGAAUCUUUGUCAACGAAGCCUUAUCAAAGCAGUUUGUUCGGAACGUCCACGGGAGACCUCGGUUCACAAUCUAACUACCAGAAUUCUGGGACAUCGCCAUCUACAAGGCCAAAGUUAUUCACUCAGUCACACUCGCAGCUUCAGGCUCUCUUGAUGUCCUCCUUCCAGCCGACUUUGCCGCACUCGCAACACCUUUCGCCAAUGUCGCAACAACAGCAACAGCAACAGCAACAUCUUCAUCCGCAGACGACGCGGCCCACGCUCUCAGAGAUGUCAAAUCGAGUGUCAUCCAUGACAUCGAUUGCACGCGCUGCUACAUUGGCGGUGACCAAAGUCGCGAGUCGGCUGCAGCCCUCCCGAAGUCGCGAGCCGUCUGUUAUAUACGCAACCCAGAGCGGCGCUAGCUCGUGUGCUGCGAGUAUUAUAGUUGAGGAUGAUGCACAAUCGACAAUAACAACAGGAACCGCUGCAACAGGUCACAUGGGAUCGACCAGAAUGAACCUUUCCAAAGCAAGCGGAGGUGGCACCUCUAGUCUCCUCACUCCUGGGGGCUCGAGCACUCGACAUGUACGCAAGUUGGGCAUCAAUCAGGGCAGCCAAGGCCACCAUCGCAGACGCUCUGGUGGCAAGUCCAAGAAACCUGAGAUCCAGCGGUACUCGACUGUAGUAUCUGAGCGGUCUGGUGGUACUGAUCGGGCUUCCGUAGUCUCUGAGAGCCAUGGCCACGACCACGACCACGACCAUGACCAAGCAGAAGGUUACGAGGAUAACGAGCGUGACGGUAGCGUGAGCGGUCACGACGAGAAUGAAAGCUUUGAGAGAGAGUACGAUGGAGAGGAAUAUGAUGAGGAUCAGAACGAAGAGGAGGAAGAAGACGAUGAGGAUGAAGGCGAUGAUGACGAAGUGGAGGAUGAGGACGAACUUGAGGAAAUGGGCGCGAACGUGCGCGUGUUCUCGGUCAGUCGCGAGCCCAAGAGCGGGUACAAUACCAUCGAGUCAGAGCAUGUUGGCGACAUUAUCCGCACAUUGUCGUACUGGAUCUGGAGAGCGAAGAAGUGAGAAUGUACGGAGAGGAAGGCGGAAAAACAGGCGUGUAAUUACGGCACAACUUUCCACAAUAAAACUAGUCAAAUAUAGAGUUGUUA